GAAUUUCAGAUGCACGUACCAGCAUCCCAGUGGUCCAGCGGCUGUACACAAUGUCAUUUCUGCUCGACGUUCUUCCGGCGUUUCGCGAGCGGAACGAUCCGCGCGAGUAAUGAGAGCCGGACCGAGGUCCGCCCGGGGUAUCGCCGAUUGAUAAGCGCGCACCGGAGAUCGAACCUAUCCCAGAUUCGCGGCAGAUUAUGAUACGCAAGAAGGGCACGGGAUAAAAGCCGCCGUAUUUAGAGAACGGGUAAUGAGGAAUCCGAAGGAGGCCGAAGCGCAAGAUACUUUUGACGAGCCUUGCUUAAUCGAACGUUUGAUCGCAAGGCAAAAUGAUGUUCCCUUUAAUCAUCCUGAUCCUCUCGGUGGGGAUCUGCUACAGCAAUCCAGACGCUAAGAGACUUUACGAUGACCUGCUCUCAAAUUAUAAUCGGCUGAUUCGACCUGUAUCCAACAAUACUGACACUGUUAUUGUGAAACUAGGACUUCGUCUCUCGCAGCUGAUAGACCUCAAUUUAAAAGAUCAAAUCCUAACGACGAACGUCUGGUUGGAACACGAAUGGCAGGAUCAUAAAUUCCAGUGGGAGCCCUUGGAAUACGGAGGUGUCACUGAACUCUACGUGCCCAGCGAGCAUAUAUGGCUGCCCGACAUUGUACUUUAUAACAACGCGGACGGAGAGUACGGCGUGACAACAAUGACCAAGGCCAUUCUGCAUUACACCGGCAAGGUGCUUUGGACUCCUCCGGCAAUUUUUAAAUCCUCCUGCGAAAUAGACGUUAGAUACUUUCCCUUCGAUCAGCAAACCUGUUUCAUGAAAUUCGGCUCGUGGACGUACGACGGCUUCCAAAUCGACUUAAAGCACAUUAAUCAAAAUGUGGGCGACAAGGUCGAAGUAGGCAUUGACCUGCGAGAAUAUUAUCCGAGUGUGGAAUGGGAUAUAUUGGGUGUUCCGGCGGAGCGGCACAAAAAGUACUAUCCAUGUUGCGUCGAGCCGUAUCCCGAUAUUUUCUUCAACAUAACUUUGCGUCGGAAAACGCUGUUCUACACGGUGAAUCUCAUAGUGCCGUGCGUCAGCAUCUCUUACCUGUCGGUCCUGGCCUUCUAUUUGCCAGCCGAUUCCGGAGAGAAGAUCGCGCUCUGCAUCAAUAUCUUGCUAUCUCAGACCAUGUUCUUCCUACUGAUAUCCGAGAUUAUACCAUCCACGUCGCUGGCGCUACCAUUACUCGGCAAGUAUCUACUCUUCACGAUGAUCCUAGUCGGACUUUCGGUCGUGAUAACGAUCAUUAUUCUGAACGUGCACUACCGCAAACCGAGCACCCAUAAGAUGGCACCUUGGGUGAGAAGGGUCUUCAUCAGAAGAUUACCGAAGCUGCUUCUGAUGAGGGUGCCCGACGAUCUUCUCAACGAUCUCGCCGCGCACAAGAUACACGGAAGAGGAAAAUCGGGAAAGAAAAGCAAGUUUAAUGCUGCCAUCGCCGCUGCGGUGCAAUCAUCGUCGAUAGUAUCGUCGCCGGAUUCUGCUCGUCAUCAACGAAUCGAUGGCUGCAACGGUUUGCACAGGACAACUGCCCACAAUCGAUUCCUAGUCGGCAGUUUAGGAUACAAUGGACUUCCAACGGUCAUGUCCGGGCUUGACGAGUCAUUGAGCGAUGUAACGCAAAGGAAGAAAUAUCCCUUCGAGCUAGAAAAGGCUUUGCACAACGUCAUGUUCAUCCAGCACCACAUACAACGUCAGGACGAAUUCAAUGCAGAGGAUCAAGAUUGGGGCUUCGUCGCGAUGGUUCUCGAUCGCCUCUUCCUGUGGAUGUUCACGAUAGCUUCAGUAGCCGGAACCUUCAUAAUUCUAUGCGAGGCACCGGCGCUCUACGACGACACGAAACCAAUCGAUAUGGAAUAUUCUUCUGUUGCUCAACAGCAAUUCCUGCCACACGGACAGGGUCAGGAGCUGCUGAAGACUAUCGUGUCGUAGGCGUAUUCGUUAGGGCACGCGCGAUAUGUUUCUAAUGUACUAUCAACAUGAAGGGAAGCGGCGAAAUGUCUUUCCGAAUACAGCAAAGUUGUGAUAGGUCAUGGCCGUGGAACCGAAGAAACAUCUCCAAACGCGAAACGCAGUUCGCGAUCGUUCAUUAUAUUACGAUUCGUACUCAAACAUUCAAAUUAUAUAUCUAGAUAAAUUAACGAUCCUCGAUUGUAAGACAUAUGUAUGGAUUAGAAUUACAACGGUAGUCUAUUCGGUUCUAGGAACUGGCCUAACGAUAUAAACGUGAUUUAAUUCCGAAACAGACAAUUCGCUGGCUUGCCUUGUGAGCGAUUACAACACGAUUAUAUUCCCGAAACAAAUUGUAUUUGUAUCUACUAUUGUACGCGCAAAUAGUGCGCGACUCGUUCUUUGAUAACGUCUAUUGAUGUUGGCAACGUUACAGCAGAAGGCGAUUCGCGAUAGGUAUCAUUUGUAAAACUUUUGGUAACGUUGGUUACACAGACGAUAUAUAAUAACGGUGGUAUCUUAUCCGCACACCAAAAUCUUACUAUAUAUAGGACAAGUUUCAUGCUCCAAUUAAUAUCUUCCCGAAGAGCAAUCGAUUCAUAUACGUAGCGUAGUUUUUCGAUAAAUUAUAAACAGAACUUUUUUCAUUACGAGAACACACAUAUAUACUCGAGUUUGUUCGAUAUACUGAUGUACGCAUUAAAAGCAAAAAUAAAAAUUUUAAAAAUCAAAAGUUA